CUCAAAGGGGGGGGGGGGGAAGCACAAGUGAAAAUGUGCUCAGAAGAUGAAACGACGAAAUAUUCCGAACAUAUUUGUCGAAAAGACGGAUUUUAUAUGUAUUUAUUUAUUAAUUAAAUUCGACCUUUUAUUAUUGACCAAAUCAAGGGCCAAGAGGUCUACUAGGAAUCUUACUGUAUGGAAAAUAACCUCAUGUUUUUUUUUAAAUUAAUAUAAAUAUUAUAAAAUAUUUAAUAGUAGGAAAACAUAUCGAAGAAUAAAACGGAAAAAAGUCGAAGACUUCUUGUUGCGGGCUGACCAAUUUCAGGAUGCCUCCAGCCUGCAAACAGGCACGUUUCAAAACAAAAAUUUAAAAAAUAUGGAGUUUUAUGCUUCGGGAAAGAAAAGUUUUUAUCAACCAAAAUCGAAUUACCAGCCAAAUAUUGAUGCAGGACUACUUGCUCAUGUUCGAGAGGAAGUAUUUAAACGCGAGGAAGAACAGAGAAAACAACAAGAGAUUGAUGAAACUAGAAAAGCAGACAGUGAAAAACGGACUAAAUUAGCGAGUCAAAUCCAAUCCAUUGUUACAAAUUUACCCAUGUAUGUGAAAAAAUGUCCUUAAAUUUAACUUUUCCAAGUAAAAAAAGAGCCAUCUAAAGAACCAGAGUUUUUAACUUGCCCCCCCCCCCUGAAAUCUGAUGAUCUUUAUAUGAACAGUUGAUGGGUGGUAUAAAUGAUGAGUAAAAUCGUCUGGCAUUAGACAGAGUAUAACAUAAUCUGGCAUAUAUAGACAGUAAAAUUGUAAAGUAGGGUACAUUGCCACUUAAAGUAUAGUUGCAUCACACACAAAUUUUAUUCACAUUAUAAACAUUCACAAUUUUGUUUCAAUAGCACAUACCAAGAGAAAAUGACCUCUGAGAUCGUCAACUCACUAGCAUUGUCGUUGAUGGAUGGAACAGUUUUCGAAAUUGUCCGUGGUCUAGAAGACAUUCAACAGUUAACCGAGAGAAAUUUACUGAACAAAAGAAUGAAAUUAAUCAACAGCCAAAAAGGUAGAUGUGUGGUACACCAAAUUAACCGUCUGCCAAAACAGCAACUUGUUUAAUUCUACUUUUUAGCUGAAAGAAUGGACCAGAAUAAAACUCACAAGGCGGCAAUUGAUGCAUGUAGCAAUAAACCCCACCACCUGCCUGUGAUAAGAAAAAAACAUGUGCAAGAAAAGGAGAAUUUGGGAAGCCGACUUGAACAGGAGCUGGUGCAAUUGGAUCAAAAAUUAGUGCUGGAGUUAGAUAGAGUCGUGGCAGAUCAACAAACUACAAUGCAGGUAUUUUACAAUAAUAAAAACUUCGGAUUGAUAGAUACAACUAUGUGAAAAGUACAAGGAGAACUUCGCUCGAAAACAUUGAAGUUGUCCUUGUUACACUGGCACAUACUGUUCAAUUUUUCAACAAAGUCAACUGCAUCUAAGGAUGAACAGUUUCAGAUAAAAGCAUUGUUAAUUCCCAUGAGAAACUUCAGUGUUUGUAACUGUAGUUUCUAGUUGGAGCCAUUAUUGAUGUUUUAUCUAUCUCUGUUUAUAUAGAGAGCUGGAGUGCCACUGUUUCAUUUAACAAAUGACUCCAGUGAAAUCCAACUACAGAUGUACAUCUUAGACAUUGUUACAAAACUAAGUGGAAGCUGACAUCACUCAGAGAACAGCCAGCCAAUCACCAAUGUGUUCAGUACAAAUUGUGUUAAAAAUCAAGAUAUUAUAGUUUAUUUAUUUGACCUAUAUUAGUAGUGAAACAAAAUAUAGUGUUAACGUUGUGUGGCAAGUUAAUGUUGUAAAUGUGUUACAACAAUAAAUAUGGUAUAAAAAUAUUUCAUAGAAAUCUGCUAAGAAACUUUGCAAAAGAAAUUGUGUCAAUUCAAUACUGUAUAUAACACAAUGUUUCUAAAAUAAAUAUUCACUCAGAAAGUGGCAAAAUAGUGUCCUCAUAAAGUUUCAGUUGAACAUUUGGAUAUUCACAGUUUCGAAUUCAGUUUUGAUGCUUGAUGCUUCUAUUAGCAUAAUAUAGGCCUUCAGCCAACUUGGUAUAUGUACAUAGGUUUCAAGUUAAUAUCUGUUUGUGCAAACAUCAAUACAAUGUAGCUUGUCAAUAAGUUGGCAAAUUGACUUGCUAACAUGGUACAGUGAGUAGAAAAUUAUAUACAAUCAAUACUACUACUGUAGGUGCUCCCAACAACUUCUUCAUUAACGUUGCUAUUGCUGCAAAUGCACCCCUGACAAAAUGCAAGAUUUUUCACCAUCAGAUCUCUUCAAAUUCGUUGUGUUGUGCUGAUCAAACCUUGCUCUAUCUUCCCAUCUGAAAUGUGACCUCUCACCAAUACAUAAUGAAUGUAUUGCAUACAUGAAUAACCUUAAUAUGACAACUGCUCCUUAAAUCCAAACAAAUUUCCAAGGCUGUUACUAGGCGACAUACGACAACCUCUUGACAGGUAACUGGUCAGUUUACCACUUGCAGCCAGAAUUAGUCCUAGGUAUGGUGGCGAUGGUUUGUGAGGUCUUGUUAAAAAUUCUGGAUGAAAUUGAACUCCAACAAAGUAUGGGUGAUCUGUGGGAAAUAUAGCAAUUAAUAUUGAUUGUAACAAAUUAAUGCUCUCUCCAAAGAAAAUGCAUUAGAUGAGAAUCGUUAUAUACCUUGUAAUUCCAUGAUUUCCAUCCGUUCACCAUCAACAUCAUGGCCAACAAAUUUCAUACCAAAUUCUUCAAGUCUUUUUACAUAAGCUGGAUUUACCUAGU